CGUAUCUAUCAUACGAAUACCACCGUGUCGAUUCCCCACCAUCCACACCGACUCGUGAUUACCUCUCACCGAUCGCCCCGAGGUUCGCAGAGGUGGACUGUGUGUUCAGUUCCAGUCUAGUCUUUCGCACAACUCGUUACAGUCCUCGAUUACAGCUCUUUAAUUACCGGUUACUUAUCCGGCUGACUCGUCCACUUCUCCCAUCCCACGUGGGAAUCCCUAUUUUUUCUACAUCGGAAAACGAUUUAAAUAAAAAAUUCCCGAGUGUCGAAUGAGUAGGGGAUAACGCGCACGAUGGAAAUGAAAAUCUGGCUGACUUCGGUAGUUUUAAUUUUAACACCACUUGCUUGGAAUGCUGACGCGAAGGGGUUGGAAAUCGUUUACGAAUGGAAGUACCUAGAUUGGGUUCCUCCGAGUGUUCAAUUGGUCGGGAAUAAUUUCACCCUCGGAAACGCGUUUACCCAAGACGUGGACGUCGACAAAAAGGGUCGCGUCUUUGUAACGAGUCCGAAGUGGCCGGAGGGUGUGCCGAUCGUAUUGUCAGUUGUGACCAACGUGGCGGGACCAGGAGGUCCUUUGCUAACACCUUACCCCGAUUGGACGUGGCAUAAGUCAGAUGGGUGUAACGGUCUCAUCACGGCUUACAGAAUAGCGAUCGAUGAAUUCAAUCGGCUGUGGGUGGUAGACAUCGGCAGAAUCGGUACGCAAUCUCUGUGCCCAACGAAGAUUCUCGUGUUUGAUCUAUGCACCGAUCAACUGAUACACAAGUACGUAAUCCCAGAGGAUCAAACGUUCAAUGGUGGCGCGGCCCUCGUGACGCCCAUUGUUGAGGUCGGCGAGAGUCCCGAGGAUACAAUUUUAUACAUGGCCGACGUCGAUAUGAAUGGAAUCGUGGUUUACGACUACAAACGUGAUUUUUCAUGGAGAAUAAAUAAUACAAGGGGCAACGCUUUCGGCCCCGACGAAGAGGCUAUGGAAAUAACUAUCGCCGGUGAGAGUUUCGAUUUGACCGAUGGUACGCUGGGUAUGUCGCUCUCGCCCAAGGGAUACUUCGACAGCAGGUACCUUUACUUCAACUCGCUGGCAAGCUACUAUCAGAAGUUUUCGGAUACGUCAUCACUGAAGCAAGCUCAGUACAAAGGACCCAUCGUUUUUCGAUCCAAGCAGCGGCGCCAAAGCCAAGCCGGUCCUCAGGCCACGUCAAGGAGAGGAAUUUUAUUCUUCCAACUUGUACAAUACACGGCUCUCGCCUGCUGGAAUAUGGACCGACCGUUCACGCCAGAAAACAUAAUCACUUUAGCCCAGGACGAAGAAACUCUUCAGUAUAUCAGUGGCAUCAAAGUUCUUGUGAACGAUUUCGGUGAAGAAGAGGUUUGGUUCAACACGAACCGACUCCAAAGGACGAUCAACAAUACCCGUAACCCCGCGGAAAAGAAUUACAGGAUUAUAAAAGGAAAAGUCGACGACCUCGUCAGGGGUACCAGAUGCGAAUCUGACAGGGGCCACUAUUCCCACCAUACCGAACAUCACCCCUACUUCGAUCAUCACCACGGCCCUGACCAUCACCAUUAUCACCAGCAGUCCGCGCCGGACACGUCACCCUCCGGAUCGUGGAUUCAAAUUUAAUCGAACAUACCUCAGCUUUGAAUUCCUUCAACGAUGAAAUUUCUCAUCAGGAAUUUCUAUUACAGAAAGAAAGGAAUCUGACAAUUAGUUCGAACUAUUCCUUGCCGAGGGGGUUAGAUAAAUAUAUUCACGUUUUGUAAUUCAUAUGCACAUGUGUGCAAGAAUAUUCUAUAACUCGCGUUUCGGACUUGUGCCAAAAUAAUUAACGAUUAGAAAGA